GGCCCACGUGUAGCUUUGCACAAAAUUCAAAACAAAUCAAAAUCCAUCUGCUAUGUCCAAGGUCCAGUCAUCCUAAUAGUUGCUACAACAGGAGAUCCAUGUAAUACUUUAAUAUUUCUAAGCCAUUCAGUGUUGUUGUUUCUUUUUUUUUUAUUUUGCUACUAACCAAAACAUUUAGGCUGACUUUUUCUUUAGCUCUGGCUACAGUAAACAACAAUGAAGAUACAAGUGAAAACUACUCUUAUAUUUGCUUCUGUACUUUCAACCAACAAAUUAAACUUCAGUGUUUUCAUUAAGUUUGUACUUUUCUCAGAUAUUUUAUCAAAGUAAUGUAUUCUAAAUUUCAGUGACUAGGGCAAAAUGUUUCUUUUUUUAUUUUGAUAAAGUUUUUAUAGUGAUAUAGCCCUAAGGAGUUAAGUAUUCCUUUCUUCAGUUUUUUUUCAUCUCUCCUUAUAGACUGGAUUGUCUUUGAAUGAGAUUGCUUUCUCUAACUAUUACGAACAAUUCAUAGAUAUGGGAAACUACACAUAUUUUUGCAAAAGUACAUAAUAGGAACUUUCGACUUUCUCGUUUUAUUUGGAAAAGAAUCUGAUCCUACUUUCUUAUAUGUAGUUUCCUCGAAAUGGAAAAUAAAAGAUUUUUGUAAAGUAAAUAUGCCACCACUGUAAGUUUACAAGGAAGUAAAGGUAACUGUUAGUUUUAUAAUUCUAAAAUAAUCGUUUUUUGUAUAGUUGGUCUUCUGAUGUGGCUUACCUUCCUUCACCAAGAAGUUUUACAUCUAUGCUUGAAUCUAAAGGUCGUCUACAUGUUGUGGGUGGUGGUAUCCAGCACUCACAAGAUAUUGGUAAUCUUUAUUUGUGUAGCACAGUCGAUGUUCUUAUGUAUGUAGAUGAGGCUGACCAGUGGUUUAGCUGUGUGCCUCUACCAUCUCCACGACAUGGUGUUGGAGCUUCAUCUAUUGGAGGAGUUAUUUUUGUAUGUGGAGGAUUAACUACAAAUGGUAUAGGAGGACUGUCAGAAGUGUUGGUGAAAAGUGUUAACAUGGACAAAUGGAAUGUAUGUAAAGAAUUACCAUUCCCAGUAUCUGGUCAUGCUGUAGUAACAAUACCAAAACUAAGUAGAAAUUUGUCUGUGUGUGAUUAGUAAAUAUUGUUAAAAAAUACAUAAUGUUAACUAUAAAUUAUAUAAACAAAGUAAUGUCUUUAACAAAAGAAUUUCAGUGGGAAUAAUGGCAUGAAGUCGUUAGAAUACUGUAUAUAUAAAACUACAAUAAAAAUUUUUUAUUGAAA